AUGAGGCGAGCGGUUCCAACUGAGGACUUUCUUAUCAGACCAUGGAAGCCAAGAGGUGGAGGUAGAAAGAGAAGAAGAGAAGAAGAAGAAAAAAAAAGUCCCUGCUGCCUGAACAGGAGACCAGAGUUUCAUCUGAGGGAUAACUGGACAUAUUAUAUAUGCACUCCUGUCAUGGUGAUAUCCCACCUGAUCGUCUCUUGUUGACAGGAGCCUCUCUGUUUCUCGGAUUUCCCAGGGAUCAAAGUUUGUUUUCAGAGCAGAGCGCGUGAAUGAAGUGUGCGGAAGCAGGAAACAUGUCAAACGGACGUUUCUGUCACCUGUUGAGGGGAGCCUGGCUGCUGUGGCAAGCUGUGUUUGUGGCGGGGGCAGGGAGCAAACUUUGGGAGGUGCCCACAGCCUCCUUCACUUCCUCCUCCAACCUCAGUGAGAGCCUGCAGUGGGCUCCUCACUGUCAGUACCGCCACCUACAGGACAGAGUGAGAAUCACAGCAGAUAUCCCCCCAAGACUGGAUGGCACAUGGGUGUCAACAAGAUGUGAAGUUCGGCCUGGUCCAGAGUUCCUCACCCGCUCCUACACCUUUCACCCCAGCCGUCACUUCCAGGCCCUGCAGCACUACUACACCGACAGCAGCUGUGAGGACCCAGCCUACACCCUGAUGAUCAGGGGAAAGCUUCGUCUGCGCCAGGCCUCCUGGAUCACCCGCGGAGGCACUGAAGCUGAACACCACCUCAGCAAGGUGGGCAUCAUGGUCCACAGCCUGGUGGCCAAGCAGAGGCUGGCCUCCAGGCUGCCACCGACCUGUGUGGGUCUGACCCUAGGUCGGGUGGCGCCGGGGAAGCUGUAUGAGCUGUACAACACGCGGGCAGGGAGAGGGUGUCUGGCAGCACUGGGCUUCUCCAUGAUGGAGAUGGGUCUGGUUCGGGUGGAGACGCAGCACCACAACAAUGGAGGGAAGAUCCAGGAGCUGUUUUUAGGGGAUAUCAACACUGACUGGACUCAGAGAACUCAAUACAGACCAACAGGGUACCAGCAGCCACUGCAGAACGCCAUGCAUCACAUCCACCCCUGCCCUGUGUGUGCACUGGUGUACCGCUCUUCAGAGCAGCGCCCCCCGGUGUUGCCCCGCAGCUCUGCAGCUCCUCUGUCUCUGGCCGGCCGCUGGGUCAGCCAGCACUGUGAAACCCGUCCCACUGUCCUCUUCCUCACCCGAGACUUCACCUUUGACCCUGACCAGCACGCAUGGGAGGGCAUCUACCGGCACUACUCGGACCCUGCCUGCUCUCAGCCCACGUUCACCCUGAGAGCCUCGGGCCACUACGCUCAGGGAAACCCCUCCACCAAGGUCUCAGGAGCCACUGAGUUUGUCUUCAAGGUCACCCAGGUGAGAGUCACAGCCGUGGAGGAGCCCACAGCCAAGCUGCUGAACGGGACCAGGCCAGGAAAGUGUGGUCGGGCUGGAGGCUGGAAGGUCGGGGUGGAGCAGGACUUGACCCCCACAGACGGGUGCACAGUGCUGGGGAUCAAGCUGCCACAUAAGGAGUACGAGCUCUUCAAGACUGAGCUGGACCACAAGAAACGCCUGCUGCUGUUCAUUGGUGAGAGGCCGACUGAUGGGUCCAGUCCUGACAGACCGCAGAGGAGGCCCACUUCCUUUCAAGCCCCCAUGGUGCUAUGCGGCGGGGGGGAGACACAGCCCUCACAUCGCUAUGAAUCAGGAUUUAACAGCAAGCAAGUCCAGUUAGUAGCCAAUGGGACAGAGAGACUGGCACAGCUGGUGUUCCUGGUGUUUGGAUCUGUGCUGUGCAGCUUGUUCUGUGUUUAUUAGAGACAUUGUUCAAAAAUGAAACCUGUUACACAGCUGAAGUCAGUGAUGGACAUUGUUUUUCUGGCAGCUUACGUUCACUCUCCAUAUGAUGAUGACCACAUGUGUGAUGGUCAAGAAAUAUCAUGAGACAUUCAGGAGAGUUCAGUAAUUUUCAAUAUCUGGCCUUCAGAUGCUGCCCGUGGGUUCACUUCACUUUGACUCUUAACUUCAGUCACAAUUCCGCCUAAAACAAUCUGUAUAUAAACCACCAACAUAUUCAAGCGCCAUCAUUUCAGCAUGUAAAAAUAUAUUCUUUUAAACCAUCUUCCUUGUGUAUAAUGUUCAAAUAGAUGCUCUCACUUCACGGAUCAAUACUUUUUUCUCAUUUCUGGGUAAACGCUGUUUUCACAGCGUGUUGUUGUUUUUACAACAAAUCAGUGCUGGGAUGUGGAUCACUUAUUUCCACAUCAAAAUGAAAGCCAUGGACAUUCCAGUGGACUAUUCACCAAGAUGCAGUAAAACUAAUGCACUUUGUACAGAACAUUUUUAUCAACAUACUGGAAAGAAAAGAAACCAGAAAGUAGAAAAUGUGUUGUCUGCGCUCUAACAGCUACCAGCUUGAUUAGUCUAAUGCCACUGUGGUGUGAAAUGUUGCUUUAUCUCUGUCCCUCCUUCAAAGCAAGUGCAUUAGUCUGCUUUUCUAUCAGCAGUCAAUCUAAACAAAUCAG